GUCUAAAAUUAGGAAAACAGUUGAAAACUUUUGAACCGGCAGUCACAGGUCGCAAUAUUAUCGGUAUUUCUCCACAAGGAGAUGGAUCAGCUUAUUCCAGUUAUUAACAAACUUCAAGAUGUGUUUAAUACUGUGGGAUCAGAAGCUAUUCAACUUCCUCAGAUUGUGGUAGUUGGUGCCCAGGUUUGUACAAUUCUAGUAGAGAGAUUUGUACGUGAGAUCGCAGAAUUCAAUUUUUGAUCACUUGUUCGAGAAAAAUCUCUGCAGUUGAUAAUAUUUUCUCAAAAUCGUACAUAUACUUAAUGGUUUUUUCUGUUCAUUUUCGCUUUUUGAUUUAACUCGUGAAUAAGUUCCGUUGUUAAAUUGUAUGCCGAGAUUGCGAAACCUGGCGGCAAAUCGAAAGCAAAGAUGUUUUUAUUUCAUCAAUAUGAUUGAUAUUACGUGAAGAUAAUUUUAGUGAAGGUAUUCUUUUUUUGUCGCUACAAAAAAUUUCACGAGUUUAGACACAUGUCCAUUUAAUUUUGGAACAAGUUUGAUAUGUGAUACAAGUGUCAGAAAAUUGUAUCAGUAACUUGUUCAAAACAAUUCCUUCAUAGAGACAGUCUUGUACGUAUUUGACUGUUUAUUUGUAUCAACUGUAAACGGCAUUGUAUGCAGAGCUUAUAUUCGCCCAAUCUUGUCUUCUAAGCCCAGGCAAGCAAGCAAGCAUGUAGUGAACCAAAAUUCAUCGUGAUUACUGCAUGUUCUGAAUAACAUAGUAAGCUUAAAAAUCAAUACUGUGCAAGAAUUGUUGCAAUUAAGACGUCAAUAUCUAAAAAAGAUACACUUUUAAAUAACUUUUUUAGGGUGGGAGUAUCUUACUGAAUCAGCACAAUAACAAAAGGAGUCACUAAGGACAACCUCCACUACAUGUGUUAAGUGCUGCUUUAAAAAAAAGUUGUAUUUUAAUACUUUGUGUGUGGAACACUUUUAAGAGUGUAUCUUUGAUGUUACAGAAAGUUUUAAUUAAAUAACACUGUGUGUUUACCAUUAUGAUCCUUAAAUUACAGAGCAGUGGCAAAAGUUCUGUCCUUGAAAACCUGGUAGGAAGAGAUUUCUUACCAAGAGGUAAAUUAAUGUAAUAUAAUUUUGUUAAUUAGUUUGUAAAUGAAAGUUGUUUUCAUGAGCAUGGUAAUAUAAACAAUAAAGACAAACUGAAAUAUCAAUGUAGUUUGGCAGUACAAAUUUGUUUGCUAGGGUAACUCUUUAACUCCCAGAAGUGAUUAACAUGGAACUUCUCCUUAUAAUAUCCACAUAUUACCCCACAAACUGGUAUUGAGAAAACUCAAAUAUAUCAGUUAGAAGUUGUUAUCUCGAUCUAACACUAAAUUCUCAUAACUAAUUUACAAAGAAAUGCAUAGCAGCUAGAGGGGAGAAUUACCAAUCAGAUCUUGGGAGUUGAAGGGUUAAUUAACUCAGCACCAACCGAUGAGCAUGGGAACUUGACUGAAACACAGUGGGACCUAAUACUGUUUUGGGCUAUUGCCAUGACACCCUUUUGAAAAGCAACCACUAGCGUUGGCAACAAUGUAUUCUUGAGUAAACCAACAAAAAUACUCCAAUAUUUAAUGAGAGAGAAGGGAACCAUGGAAGCAGAAUGCUGAAACAAUGACUGCAUGUUAGAGUUAAGCAAAAAAAAAGGGUUUGACUUUGAUAAGAGUUGUACAAAUUUAUUUACUACCAUAAAAAUCCAUGAGACUAUCCCUCAUUGGAGGGGGGAGGGGAUUGCUGGCUAGCAUUGUCUUAAGCUUCACCUCAUUGCACAUUUAUCCAUUUAACCUGUUCUCUGACCAUAAUUUUUUGUAUUCAUACCAUUUAAGGAUCUGGUGUCGUCACUCGUAGACCAUUGAUUCUUCAGUUAGUUCACACUCCACCAAAGAAUAAGACCACAGCUUCCAAGAAGUCAGCCAAAGAAGAGAAGCCAAAAGUUGGUGAAGAUGAUGAUGAGGACGGGGAAGCAUGUAAGUAUGGUUAUUAAUUACUAACAAAAUCUCCUUGAAACAUUUUGCUUGACAAGUUUUCUGUCAGCGUUGAUGGAAACAUGUAGCAUUUUUUUCUUCAUUAUCAAUUUUCCUUGUCCUAAAAGAAGACUUGUCAAUUCAGUAAUGUUAAGAUCACCAGACAAGAAUACUUAUCAAGGACACUUUCAAGGGUUCAAGGGAAAUGCUAGUCCAGUAUGUUUUUCUUGACCUCUCAAUUUGUGGGGAAAAGUAAAAGAGAGAGGAAGGCAGAGGAAAGCAAGGUGGGACCUCUCAGACCUCCUCUAACUUUGCCUGCUCUCUUUUUCACUCAUCUCCUCUGACCAAGAACUUGGUAUAAGUUAAGUUCCCCUUGGCAAUUGUCUCUUUGCUGAGGUAUUAUUAUCCAUUUUUCUGAGGAAAAACACCAAUGCACUCCAAAAAAUAAAAGUGUUAGUAAAAACUCUUUUUUAUGUUGAUUUUCUAUCAAAUCUUUUUCCUAAGUUAAAUAAUGUUCUUUCAAUUUGAUACAUGACAGAUUUUUCAGAUGAUGAAGGUGAAGAAACAGAAAAGGACAAUGAAGAUCCAGAGGAAUGGGGAAAGUUCCUUCACCUGAAAGAAAGAGUAGGUUUGAUAUUCUGUUUGGACUGAAAAGUUUAAGAAUAAUGUCAGUGCAGUUACCAGACAUGAAGGGCAAGUUAUGUACACAAGGUCUGACCCAAACCACGGUUUCAUGCUUCUUUCAUGUCAAAGGUGUAAAUUUACUUAAAAUUGCCUAUUGUUUCAUCUCUUUAGGUAAUAAGUGACUUCAGUGAAAUUUGUGAUGAAAUAGAAAGGGAAACUGAAAGAGUGACUGGAAAUAACAAGGUUUGAAUGUUGUUUUGCAUCCUGUUGUAGCUUCUACAUACAUAUGUUGUGCAGAUCAUAAUUUUCAUCACUUUACAACAAUUAAAGAGAGCAAAAAUCAAAAUUUUCUGAGCUACAAAGUCUACCUAACCCUCUGGAGCCUCUAAUACUUCUAAUCAGUAGUAACUAUUCUCUGAUGGUUACGAAUGGCAACAUACUGCAUUUGCACUGUCAUCCAUGUGGAACUAAGAUUUUUUUCCUUGGCCCAUACUAGUUACCAAAUGAGUGACCUCUAUCUUUCUUUGACAACUAAGGUCAAGCUUUACCAUUUUAGUCAAAUUUGUUUAAGGGAAAUCAGCUUCAAAGUGGAUUUAAUGAUUUUGAUGGAUUUUAGUCAAAUUCCUCAAAGUGCAAUCAGCUUGGCGGAUUUGAUGACUUUUACCAUUUUCAUAAAUGCAUGCAUUUCUGGACAUAUCUCUAUUCACUGUACACAUACUUAAUCACCCUUGUGAGACCUUAGUAGGAAUAGAAUUACUUCUGCAAUCAAAAUCUCACUUGGGUGAAUAUCUUUAGAAGUCUUUAGAGAUAUUCGUAAACUAUAAUUCCCAUUUGUAAUAGUUCUCAAACAUUUGUCUGUUGUAUUAUUUAUUGUGAUAAAAUAUGUAAUGUUAUGCCUUGUGAGAACAAUGAGAUUUGGUUCAUUUUAUAGGGAAUUUCAAGUGAGCCAAUCAGACUGAAGAUUUAUUCACCAAAAGUUCUAAAUUUAACUUUGGUAGAUCUUCCUGGAGUGACAAAAGUUAGUGCUUAUUAGAUUUUAGGGUCAAAUAUAUCUAUGAAGUUGUUUCCAUGCUACUACUUUUUCCAAGGUCUCUAAUAAUAAACAAAAUUUAUCAAUUACAAUUACGAGAGAUGAACAAUUCUAACUAUUGUAAACUCAGUGCAAAAAGCCAAAGGUAACAGUGAUUAACCCUUCAGCAUAAGCCUUUAUUUUUUCCAAUUCACUCUGACAAAGGGCUAACACUUAAAACAUCAGCUUUGAAACUCUCUACAGAGGUCAAUUUAUGUUAUCUACUCAGGUGAUAACACUAAAUUACCCAUUAUACUCUCCCACUGAUGCAGCACUACAGUUUCUUUAGAUAUUUACCCCCUUUAUUUCUUUAUUUUUUUGCCUGCUGGAAAGUAUUAGUCCUUGAACUACAUAAGCUUGCAAGGCAGGGUCUGGAAGGGGUCUAACAUGAUUAGUACCAGAUCCUGGACAAAUCUCUUCUCAAUUCCUUGAAUCUUCCAGACGGCAAAGGAAUGCUAAUGGUGAGGGUCUGCUCACAUGCUAUUCAAGUCCUUGUUAGGACAGUGUGUCCCAUGGGCGAGACACUUUACACUCACAGUGCCUCUCUGCACCCAGGAAUGUAAAUGGCUACUGUCUAACUGUCAGAGAAAUCUGACAUCUUGGGUGAGGUGAAAGGGGGAGUAGGUGGAUAGGUAAACCUGCCAUGUAGUAGCAUUCCAUCCAGGUGGGGGUACCAGAACCCUAUGUCACUUCAUGCUGCUUAUUGCAAGAUAAGGUGCAACUCAAAAGCUGACUUAAUUAUGCUUCAUUUAUGGAAAUAGAGGUGACUUCACUUUCAAUAUUUUUCCUACAGGUGCCUGUUGGGGAUCAGCCCCUAGAUAUUGAGCACCAAAUUCGUAAUCUUAUCCUGCAAUACAUCAGUAAUCCAAACAGCAUUAUUCUUGCUGUCACACCUGCGAACAUUGACCUUGCUACAUCAGAAGCCAUUAAGAUUGCCCGAGAGGUUGACCCAGAUGGUAAGAUCGCUGACCAAUUAUAUUGGCCAUUUUACAAUACAUUGGCUGAUUGACAUCAUGAGUCUUGUUAUGUUGCAUUUUACUACUAAUGAAAGUUUGUUUUAAUUGGUGGAUGUUUAGUGUGUGCAUUGGUGUACAAUUUCAUUGACUCUGAUGUUUUGUCUUGAGUUUUGUUUCUGCUGUUCCUAUUUUUGGUUCUUAUGGUUUUUUGGUUUUUAUUGUUUGCCUUAAGACCCAAAGUGUAGAACGUUGGGGGUGGGGAAGAGGCUGGAACUCCAUCUCAUUUUUCCUCUCAACAACCCCAUCUGUGUCCAUCCCAUGCUGUUGUUUUAUAUGUAUAGGUUAAAAUGCAUAUUUAAAAUGAAAAUAUCAACUGAAUAGUUAAAUUUUCACCUUAUUUCUGUCAAGGAAACAGGACACUUGCGGUUUGUACCAAGCUGGACCUUAUGGAUCAUGGAACUGAUGCUUUAGAUAUUUUGUUUGGAAGAGGUAAAGGAAAAGAUAGCAUUUAUCAUCAGAUAUUAAAAUUUGUCAUCCAAGUCCCUUUUUUCGUCAAGUUUAAAAGUUUUUAGAUUUUAUUAAUUUAAUAUUAAUUAUAAUUAAUAAUAAAUAUUAAUAAUAUAUUAAUUACUUUUCCCUUUUCUCUCUUUCUUUCUCUUUUUUUUCCAGUUAUUCCAGUCAAGCUCGGGAUAAUUGGUAUCAUGAAUCGAAGUCAGUUAGAUAUAAACAACAAAAAGGUAUUAGAGGGGCUUAUAAUGAUUUUCUUCCUUGUGUAAUAGUUGGCUGGCUGGGUGGGGUAUCCACCUGACACAGGUUUCGCUGUAUUAAGGAAAUUACUCGUGGUGAGCACGUACAGAUCAAACCAAGAAAACUCAAUAGUUUUGAAAGGGGAUACAAAUAUUACGAAGCUGGAUUAACACACCGCUAUUUGUAGGUACCUUAAGCAGUCGCGACGGCAACGCCAAGGAAAACGUCAAUUAAAAAAUGAAUUUAUAUUUUUGUAGUUAGAAUUUCGCGAAUGGCUGAAUGUGUUUACCGUCUCUUAUGGCGCCACAUCUCAACUUCAGCAUAAUAUAUGUGAGCAGCGUUGAUUGCUUAGUGGAAACUAAAUAACUUGCCGUCGGGAAUUCCGUCCUCAGACCACGCUAAGAAACGUGCAAAGCUUUAAAACGUACGUGCUAAGCGAUUCAGUUUUCCGGCGUCCUUCCCUUGUCGUGGUUUGCUUGAGGUUCCAAAUAACUACAAUUGAAGCGUCCUGGCAUGAGUAGUUUUUUCCCUUUUUUCACUUCGCAUGACUUGAAUUUAAGGUUACUAUAUUUUUAAUUUUUGUUUCAGGUUGUUUGAUUUUCAAUUUGUGUUAUUUCUCUCCGCAGACUAUCAAUGCUGCCCUCAAAGAUGAAGCGUCAUUCUUUCAAAAGAACUAUCCAGCUUUAGCAUCCAGAAAUGGGACCCCAUUCCUCGCGCGGACACUUAAUAAGGUAUCAAGAGGGCGCGAGAUCGAAAACAAAAUUACUUGUUUUUGAUUAUUUUGUCAGAGAUUCAAGGCUCUCCAAAACGAGUGUAUUCAUGAACAAAACCUGAAAUUAUAUUUCCAUUGUAGCUUCUGAUGCACCAUAUUAGGAAUUGUCUUCCCGACCUGAAGUCACGUGUCAAUGCAAUGACAUCACAAUACCAGCAUUUACUACAGAGUUACGGAGAACCGGUGGAAGACAAGGUAUAUCAAAUAACCGUAAAUUUAUGAAAAUGAUAUAUAUGAGCUACGGUUUAAGAAGUGAAUUUGGAAGCGAUCUUCGCAGUAAUGAACACUUCUUAAGCAGUAGUAAAAAUAAGGCCUGAAAAAAAUAUUCAGAGCCUAGUUGUUCAGAGGGCGAAUAACGCAACCGUUAACAAAACGUACUGCGCUAUCCAUCUGAUAACGAUUUAUCCAGUGGAUAGCGUUAUCCACCGUUUGAACAACCGGGGCCAGGCCUGCACGGGCCUGCUUUUUUAUUAUCAUUAUUUCAGGCCUUAUUUUCACUACUACUUAAGUAGUGUUCAUUACUGCGAAGAUUGCCUCCAAAUUCACAAGGUUCAUCGUAUCGUAAUAAUGUUUGAUGAAAUAAAGUUCAUUUGAUCUGUGGAUGAAAAUCAAGUAAAGAAAUGAUCCUGGCUGGUAAGCUGCAAUUUAAGCACCUGUAGGAAAGAGGACCGAAAACUAUUGCGGCUUUGAUGAAAUGCGAACCCUCGCCUCCCAGAUACUGGAGAGCUUUAGAUUUGAUACGGGCACGACUUCGACUACGAGUUUUUACCGGGAGUAGAGUGGCACUAGUCUUUUGUAGUCGUCAAAUGAAUAAGGGGAGUAAGUUUCUAAAGAAACUGUGGUGCUGCGUCGGUGGGAGAGUAUAGCAGGUAAUUAAGUGUUAACAACUGAGUUGAAAACGUAAAUUAGCCACCGUAAAGGGUAAAAAAGCUGAUGUUUCGAGCGUUAGCCCUUCGUCCAAUCGUUCUGACGAAAGGCUAACGCUCGAAACGUCAGCUUUUUUACCCUUUACGGUGGCUAAUUUACAUUUUCAACUCAGUUGUUAACACUAAAUUACCUCUCGUAGUCGUUGUCUGCCGUGACGAAUUUGUAACUUGCUACACACAAGAGCGUAGCUUUUUCAGAAUCAAGAGAACACUUCACAGAUAGAUGUCAGGUCUUACUGAAAAUACCUUCUUUACAAUUCGCUGCCUUUUCUUUUUUGUAUUCCUGAAAAAGUCUUAUCUGGAAAGAGAAGAAUUUUGACUCACCUUUCAACUCGUAGUGCGAUUACGAGAUUUCCUGAAAGACUCGUAACUAAUGACGGGAGUUUGCGUGACCUGUCACGUAGUACAGCAUGCGCACUACUCCUAGCGAGGAAAUCUCGCAGUCGUACUUGUACUCGUAGUCAGAUCAAAAGCUCGCUGUUAGUUGGCCGAUAAUACCGACUGAGCUACGAACCCAGACGUUGGGAGCGAGCCACAUGUGCCCCGCAGAACAGAUGAAACGUAAGGCUCUUCCAGACCAAUUUCCGUUGAUCACUCUGGCAAAGAAGUCAGGCAACGACUAAUUAAUUGUUACUCUUGCCUUUGUGUUAAUAGGGCCCAGUACUUCUUCAGCUCAUCACAAGAUUUGCCUCAGCAUACUGCGCCAUCAUCGAGGGAACUGCUCGUGAUAUUGAAACAACAGAGCUGUAAGUGACAUGCACAGAUAAAUAAAUGAUAAAUAAAAAGGAAAAGAAAUGUAGAUAAUCAUGAAGUAAAAGUGAAUAAUUAGUUAAAUAAGUGAAGGCUAAAACUAUCUAACUUUCUUUUGAUUUUACUUACCAAAACAGUUGUGGAGGAGCGAGGAUAUGUUACAUUUUUCACGACACCUUUGGCCAAAGACUUCAAAAGAUGGAUGCCCUGGAAGGACUUUCCACAAAAGAUAUACUGACGGCCAUUAGAAACGCAACGGUAAGAAAUAAGAUCGCAGUUUGAUGAGAUCACUUAGACAUGAGUUUCCCUCAAAUCUUAAUUUUUUUUCCCGCUCACAGGGUCCUCGGCCCGCCUUGUUUGUCCCGGAGAUUUCAUUUGAGCUUUUGGUCAAGAGACAGAUACGUCGAUUAGAAGAGCCCAGUCUCCGAUGUGUGGAGCUCGUCCAUGAGGAGAUGCAAAGGAUUGUGCAGCACGCCUUCAGUCAGGUAUUGUGAAAAAUGUUGGCAGAUGCACAAUUUCUUGCUUUGGCCGCUUGGGAAACGUGACCGAUUUUUGAGGAGGGGGGGGGGUUCCAGCACGUCAGUGAGGAGAUGCAACACUCUUAUUUUCCACCAGGCUUGUUAGAAAUUACUAGCAGACACGUUUACCUUGCGACGAACUCCGUGGUGUGUAGCUACAAGAAUAAAGGAAAUGAUCACCAACUAAAGAAGCUAUUAAUUGUCAAACAAAUUCUCCUUGUCAACCCCCAAAGGAAAUGUAUAGAGAACCGUAUGGAGAAUAUUCACACUGAGGUUAGGGUACAAAGGAUUAUCGUCAAUGUAAUUUGUCGUUUUAAGUCUUGUGAUCCCAUUUUUCUGUAGGUAAUAGAAGUGAAGAGAUUUCCACAGCUUCAUGAUAGAAUAGUCGAAGUGGUGACUAAUCUUCUCCUUCGACGACUUCCCUCAACGAACGAAAUGGUAACCGGAUUUUUUUUUUCAUCAUACGAAUACAACCACACAGAUUCCAUGACUUUUAAAAUGUCAUUCUAUAAAAGGAUAAAUAAUCUCAAGAAAUUAAGUUCUGUAUCUUCCUUGUAUUGUAGGUAGAAAACUUGGUGGCAAUCGAGUUGUCCUACAUCAACACAAAUCACCCGGACUUCACAGACAGUGCCUCGAUUGCGAUGAAUCACGAAAUGGUACGGUUAGAGAUAUAGUUAUAAAUGCUCAGUGAUCCACCUGUCUAAAUUAUCAUGAUUCACUAAAGAAGAACCGUGAGUUGGUUCUUCAAUUUUCAAUUUAGUGACUUAGACUUAUCAAUCUGAUUUCUGUCUGGUCCACCAUUUGAUUAAGAGGACAUCUCAAACACUCGAGACAAUAUUAGAUCACUUCUCCCGACAAAACUCUUCAAAAAUGCACUUUAGGGUGUCGCAUUUUCAACCCCUCUAGGUACGGAAAUGUGACCCGCGACUAUCUCGCCCUGCUGUCACGCGUGUUACUGCAUGUGCAGUUUUCGUGCGUCUUUCCACUCGCGACAGACCAAGUGUUGGAUUUUAACGUUCAUUAUAUUUCCGUACAAAUAAAGAAAAAGUUUGUCACCUUUUUUUUUUCUUCCAGGAGCGCAAACCGCGCCCGAACCAUCUUGUGAAUGGACCCGUAGAGGUAAGGUGUAAAUGAGUGUUUUGUUUGAUAUUUCGUUCUUUCCGCUUUUCCCCCACAAAAUUGUGUUUAUUUCCAAUCUUUUUAACUAAACCUCCAUUUUUAUUUUUAGAGUGUCAGAUCACAGACUUCCACUCCUGAAUCAAGUCCGCACCACAGACCCGAUGUCAGUGUUAACGCGUCACCCGCUACCAGUCUUCCCGCAGAUAAAGUCCCUGCUUCCUCGUCCUCAGUUGGAGGCUUGGUGUCAUGGAUUCCCGGCAUGCGUGGCAAUAGUGCUCAGCCUGCCGUGGACCAAACAAGUGCGGUGACUGGAGCGACACAGUCAUCAGCCACGGAAGAACUGGUGCGUAACAACUGUUACAUAUGAAAAUAAAGUUACUGAUUUGACAGCCGAUCCAUAAAGGUACAAGAAGUUUAUCACAAAACUUUUAAAGACACUGAUAUCAUUUGUUAUCAUUUUUGUGUCAGGCCUUACCAUCGUCUUCCAAACCAAGAGGAUUAACAGAUCGAGAGCAAAUAGAGGCCGACAUCAUCCGUGAGUUAACCUUCACACAAGCUGACACUUUAUAAUUAAGAUUUUCCUAGAUUAUAAAUAUACUGCACCCCGGCUCACUUAAACAACCAAUACAAGAGCAAAGAUAAAAAAGUAUAAUGAUUUAAAAAAAGAAUUGCACGUCUGUCGACCUAUUGAAAUUGGCGUCAUAGUGUGUCCGGGUUAAGAUGUUUAAAACUGUUAAUUAUUGCUAUGAACUGUAAAUGGUCCACAUUCCAGAAGAUAAGCUGCGACUGAGGAAGACUGGGUCUAGUUUACGAGGUCGAAAAUUCACGGGCUCACUCCCUUGAGGGGAAAUUGCAAAGCGACUAACUCUUUUAUUUUGACUGCUGUUUUGGCGUAGUCACAUCGCACAACUACGAAAGUUUACGGUUAGAAACUUAUUUGAAGAAAGGAUAAGCCAAAUGAAACAAAUCAAACUAAGUUAGAAGACUUUUUUUUGCCUUUGGUAUUGAUUUUACGCAGGGAAGUGAACCAAUGUACUGGUUUUUCAGGCUCGCACACUGACAUGUUGAACACGGCCCAUCUUAUAAUUUUCUUUUACUAUUUUCUAGGGAAAUUAAUUAAGUCGUACUUCAUGAUUGUUAGGAAAUCAAUUCAAGAUAGGUGAGUUCAUAUGAAUCAUUAUACUGACUACAGUAUUCUUUGGAGGUGUUUUUGUUCCCCGCUUAACCCUACUGGGUACUAGUGUGCUUAGAGAUAAUGAAAAGAACAAGGAAGACUGAUUUUUGCAACAUCUUCUGACAUGGUGGCCAGAUGUGAGAAUGUUGGUCUCUGCUUUUGAACUCUGGUCGAAAUCCUUGUGAUCAUGGAUAAGAUAACAGUUUCUCCGUGCUCCACGUAGAAGUACCUAUAAUUCUGGCCUGACGGGUAACGAGGUGUAGUCACAAGUCUCGUGGUUCGGGCUCGAGAUCUGGAUUUUCAAAUGUAUAAUCUAUUAUUAUUAUUAAUACUUUUCCGUCUCCACUAUUUUAAAUCUCGUUUUCUUAAUUUUAUUUUGUAGUGUACCUAAAGCUAUAAUGUGCUUCUUGGUAAACUUUGUCAAAGAGAGAAUUCAGAGUGAGCUGGUAGAGAAACUUUACAAGGUGAAUGAUUUUAGAGCAUGAAUAGUUUCUAAAGCUUUACCGCAAUUUCCCCACACCUGUACCGUACUUUCCCCGCACUUUCGUUCCACUUUUAUCGCAGUUGUAAUGCAUCAUGAUCGCACUUUACUGCAAUUUUAUUGCAGGUUAACCGCACUUUUGUCGCACUUAUACAACACUAUUCCCGCAUUUUCGUCGCAAUUAACCGCAGUUUACUGCAUUUUUUCGCAGUUUCAUCACACCUUUAUCGCACUUCAUCCGUAUUUUUACCGCACUCCCUGCACGUUUAUCACACUUUCUUCGCGCUUAAGUGCACUUUUAUCGCACCAUCAAUUUGGCACAUGUGUUUGUUUUGUAAGAGCUUUUUGAUGAAAACGUGAUUGCUCAAGGAAAAUCGUCUCUUAACGAUAUUUUCCUCUUUCUGUUUGACUGUUGGGAUUACUUUGUUUUUGCUUUGACCACACUCAAUCAAAAAUCGUUGUAGCAAUAGUGUGCAGUUCUAAUCGCAAGGGUGGUGAAACGUCAGUACAAGGCGAGUCUCGUUCGACCUCGCGUUUAUGUAAUGUAGUGACGUUUGGCGUGAUAUAUCACAAGAAGAAUUUCAGUAUGAUUUCAUCAUGUUUUUCAGAAUGAAAUGUUCAAUAUUCUUCUUGAGGAAGCAGAGCGGAUGCAUAUCAAGAGGAAAGAGGCGGCGGAAAUGCUCAAGGUAAGAAACAAACAUACAAAUUUGAAAGCAAACGGGCAUGACACACUCCUCAAUAGGUCGCUGCUCACCCAAACAGUGGUGCGUGCGUUUGGUUUUAUUUUGGAACAGUUCAGUUUUUGCCAUUCCAUUUUGAAAAUUGUACGGCGUACGCGUAUUUUGGCAACUCUCCUUCUCGAGAUGGUUCUUACAAGAUUAAAUGUUCUUUUUCCUUGCAGGCGCUCCAGAGGGCAGGACACAUUAUUAGUGAAGUGAGAGAUACACAUAUUUGGUAAUCAAGACCACAAGGGAAGAGAAAACCAAGAGAAUGCAAAGAAGGGAUCAGUUGACCACGAUAUGAUAUUAACAAUGUAUUUAAAUACAACUGAGUUAGAAGUGUUUUUCAGGAUUCUCUUUAUUGUCUGAGCUUUCCCUUGAUUUUAAGUAAGGUUUUUGCAACGAGAUACCCUUGCAGUAUAAGUUGCUGUCAUACGGAACCUACCAGCUUUCUGUAACGUUCAAAAUAUCAAGUAACGAAGAUUGCGCGAAUGCUUUCUAGGUCUCUAUAGUUACCGUCAUGGACUACACGUUUGUCAGAAAAUUGUUAUUAUUUUUUUAAGUUUAGUUUGCAGCUAUUGCUCUGAUGCUUGUAAUAUAAUGGUGAGAAUGGAAUGAUACUGUACUCGA